AUGACUGUCGAUACUCCCACUGGCCGCAAGGCUCUACAUCUGUAUCAUGGAGACUCUGAGAGUUGGGUAGCUCGGGCGAGUGAGAAGCGCGCCGAGUGUUUUGAAGCAAUUCCAAAGGAUUGGGUUCUCACUCCUGGCAUAAUUGAAUCCCUUGAGAUGCCGUUGGAAGAGCAUAAGAAUGAAAUUAUGGCUCUCGAUAUUCCCCGUCGUUCAGGUAUACUCACGGAAAGGGAACUUCAGAUCACAGAAGAUUAUGACGUCUCUGCACUACUCCAGAAGUUAGCUACCGGAGCCUUUACUGCUGCAGAGGUCACCCUGGCGUUCUCGAAGAGGGCGGCUAUUGCCCAGCAAUUGACCAACUGCCUCACUGAGACCUUUUUUGAUCAAGCCAUGGCUCGAGCUCAAGAAUUAGAUUCGUUGAUGGAAUCUGGGAAGCUGGCCGGUCCUCUCCAUGGACUCCCUAUUAGCCUCAAAGAUUGCUUCCAUGUGACUGGAACACAGGCAACUUUAGGACUGAUCGCGUAUCUCGACAAGUAUUCUGACACAAACGCAUGCCUCGUUGAUAUGCUUCUAUCUCUUGGUGCCGUCAUCUACGUCAAAACCAACAUACCCCAAACGAUGAUGACAGCAGACUCGGAUAACAACGUCUUUGGUCGAGUCUUGAACCCUUGGAACACAAUGCUUGGCGCAGGAGGCUCAAGUGGAGGAGAGGGGGCCUUGGUGGCAUUUCGUGGAUCGCCCCUUGGCGUGGGCACUGACAUUGCAGGCUCCAUCCGGAUUCCAGCGCUUUGUUGCGGAACAUACGGAUUUAAGCCAACGGCAUCUCGCGUGCCUUACGGAGGUCAACAGAGCUGCAGCAAUCGGGGUCUCAAGUUUAUCAACGCAUGCGCUGGACCUCUAGCCAACGAUAUUAACGCGCUUGAAAUCUUUGUCAAGGCCGUGAUUGACGCGCGCCCAUCAAAAUAUGAUUCGACAGUUAUUGACGUUCCCUGGAGAGCUCUGUCUUCGGACCCAAACCGGAAGCUUCGCCUGGGAGUUCUUGCUGAAGAUCCGAAAUUCCCCCUGCACCCAUCCAUCAAAAAGGCUAUAAAGGAGGCCACCGAGAGGCUGGAAGCAGAUGGUCAUCAUUUGAUCAGACUCAAUGCUGAAGAUUGCCAGAUUAGCAGCACAACCAAGAUCGCCUGGGAUCUAUUCGGCUUUGACAAGACAGCUAGCCUUUUACUUUCCUCAGCAGGGGAAAAGCCCAUCCGGUCCCAGGUUCAAAUCGCAGCGCAGAUACAAGAAGUGUAUUCUAUGGGAGCGCAAGCCACGGCAUCCACUGAAACUGAGAUGGACAGGCUGGCGGCCGCCAACAUCAAAAGGUCGGCGGCAAUCGAGAACUGGCGCAAGAUAUGGAACCUCUAUGAGCUCGACGCGGUGGUGGGCCCUGCAGCUCAAAAUACCGCGGUUGAGCACGACAUGUAUGGACUCCCGCCAUAUACUGUUUUCCUGAACGUUCUUGAUUAUCCCGCCUGCGUCAUUCCGUUUGGGAGAGCAGAUGGAUCAACCGAACCCCAGUUCGACCUUCAACCUGGUCAAGGCGGAGCUCCUUACAACCCCACGCUCAUGCAAGGGGCACCUCUUUCGAUACAGGUGUUUACUAGCGGGAUGCGGGAUGAAGAGUGUCUAGAUAUCUCCAAAGUCGUUGAUAAGAGUUUGAAUGGAACGAGCCGGGGUAUGGACUAUUAA